UUUACCGCUCAUUGUAAUAAUGUCGUCGAUGGAAUAAAGAGUGUGAUACAACGGAAUCUAGAUCGAUUGAACUUUGAACUAAUUGUCAGCGCGGGUGUACAAAACGUGUUGAAUUUUUUCCUUUUUUUCUUAGAUAAACCGCUUAAUCGUUGUACCUAAGUUAUAUCACUUGAUUACUUGUGCAACAAGGAAUUUCCUAGUGUAGUAUUUACAGUCAUCAGUCAUCACCAUCAGACAAGAUAACCGAUUAAGUGUCAAGAGCAAAACAGUGAAAAUUUCGGCCAAUUCUGAAAUAAAAGUUCAUUUUAUAGUAUUUAAAAAUUAAAACAAAAGAUUUUGUUUGAUAAAUAAUUAACUUACAACUAUUGAAGAUAUUACUUUCUUCACAAGAGAAGAUUGAUAAAUUCCAAGUAUACUGUAAUACCAUCAAUGAAGGACUGUAUUCAUCAGUAUCAUCUAUGAAGAAAAAUCAUUCAAAUAAAUAAUUUUAAAUGUUAUUUCAACGUUAUUUGAUGCUUGUAUGAUUUAAUUCAAUCAAUUAUUAUCACCAAUUGCCUGAAAUUAAAUAAUUAGAAUUGAGAAGACGUACGAUCAAUCGAUCGUCAGUUUUAUUAAGACAUUUGUGAUUACAAUCCACUUGAAAUUCCAUUUCUGUUAGACAAGCUAUUCUUUUGAAAAUAUUCUACAAAUAUUGUAUUAAAAAUUGUCAAUACUUUUAGAAGUACAAAGUAUGAAUCUAAAGUGGUGCUAUGUGAUCACUGGUUUGUUUGUUAUUGCAACAAGUACAUCCAAUACAUCAAACGAAAGUCAUUUAGAAACCUCUUUACAAUUCGUUGGAUAUGAUUAUGGAGAUGAAUGCAACAAUACAGCUGAAUCCCACUGGAUCUUCAUCCAACAUCCAAACAAAAAUACCCUGAAACUUUGGAAAACUGCCCUUAAUAAUUAUGCUUCACUUAAGCGUAAAAAGAAGGAUGAAGUUGAAGCUGAAAAAAGCGUAUUGAUGAAUGGAACUGAAUUGAGUCCUUCCACAGGCUAUGAAUUUGAUCUUGUCACUAAGCCUGGUGAUGCAUUGCUAAAUCCUGAAGACUGGAGCAAUUUCAUCUCUUUUAUUGGUGAAGCAGAAUUAUUGCGAUUCAAUGGAAAUCACACUACAGGAGUUGAACAUUUACAUCGAAAAGAUGCAGAGACUGUAUUAGCUCAUAUUGGAACAGCGGAAAAUAAAUUAAAGUUCUGGACAUUAUGGCAUCAAUCAUUAAUGCCGUUGAUCGAAAAAUUUCCAGAUAAUUUACAAUAUGUUCAGAAAGCAGCAAUAACUAAUGGAGCAAAAGAUGUGGAAGAGUAUUGGCAAAUAUUAUGUGGAUAUGAAAAUGGAUACACACAGAUGAAAACUCAAUGGAUGAAGAUAUCAAAUAUUCAUAGUAAACUUGUUAAAUUUGUUCACAAACGUUUGUCUUUCAAAUAUAAAGAUGCUAUUGAAAGUGAUACAUUACCAGCUCACUUAUUAGGAACACUUCAAAGUACUGAUUGGACUCCACUUGCAAUGGACGUAAUUCCUAACUUUGAAUAUAUCUAUACUAUGCGUAAAAAUUUAUUGGAAAAGAAUAUGGCAGGAUUAAAUUUGUACAAAUCGGCAUCUGGUUUAGCAAAAAUAGUACUAAAACAUGUUCCAGAGGCACAAUUCUUCAAUGAAAGUAACUUUCAAGGGCAGUGUCCAUCGCAUCUGAUCAAUUUCUGUAAAGAAGGCAAAGUGAGAGUUAUUACAUGCUCUGAGUCUUCGAUUACUAAUUAUUUAUCGGCACAUAAAGAUAUUGCUAAAGUGAUGAUUCAUCAAAUGUCAGAUGAAACUAGUCCUAUUUUAAAUAUUGAAAAUCGUUAUUCUGCUAUAGAAGAAGGUGUAUCCGAAUUAUUUGGAAUUUUAGCUGCAAGCCCAGCAUGGUUGUCUACCUUAAACUUAACCAAUGAGACCAAAGAUCCAGAUGAACUUCAAAUUAUUUCAAUCAUGAUAACGGCUCUCGAUAUUCUUCCACGACUCGCAUACUAUUUCAGUGGAGAUAUGUGGAGAAUAGAUACUAUUAAAAAUAAUACUUUUAAUCCUGAACACCUAACUACCUCAUGGUGGAAAUAUAGAUUAGAGUACGAGAAAAUUAAUACAUCUGAUGUGAAAUUGCCAACAUUUAUAGACGAUGAAUAUAUUAUAAAGAACAAACCAUAUCUUCCUAAGUUUAUUGGAAUUAUUCUUGGUUUUCAAAUGUAUGAAUACUUAAUGAAAACGACAGAUGUUAAAACCGACCACAUUGGAAUCCGUUCUGUAAAUCACCACUUUAUUAAAAUGAUCAAACACGGAACUGCCAAAAAUUGGCACUAUACAAUGGAGAAGUAUUUAAAAAUUUAUGACGUUUCUGUUACUUCUUUAGUAAAUUAUUUUUCACCGCUCGAAGAUUUUCUUGAUGAAUUCGAUUAUGAAGAAGAUGUUAAUUUACCUCUGGAGCUUGAAAAAGAGUUAGAGCUCCUAGAAGAUGAUUAUAAAAAAAAUAUAAAUAAACCUGUGACAACAAGUACAACACCAACUACUAUUAUAACUACCACUAUUGCUACUACUACAUCUAAAGAUUUAACGAUUGUGCCAAAAAUUAAAGUAUCUCCAACAUCUGACCACACAAAUAAACGUCGUUUAGAUGCAGAAUCAACAAAUUCACAGAGCGUAAAUUCUUCAUUUGUACAUAAUGAUAAUGCUACCUCUCAAUCUCAUUCAAUUGGAAACUCGGAUCAAGUCAUAUCAGAUUCCGAAGAAACUAUUGAGGUUGGAAAUAGAUUGAUAAAAAAUGGCAUUAGUGCUGCUGUGUGGGCUGUUGGAUCUGUACUUCUUGCUACUAUUGCUAUUGUAUUAAUAGCUAUUUUCGGAAGACAAAGAUGUCAAAAAACUCCAAAAAAUAGACGUUACGUAUAAAAUUAGUCGACUUUUUAUAAAAAAUUAAAUAAUUAUCUCGAAGAAUAAUUUAUUAGCUCACUAGAUUUAAGUAAUAAAUUAUUUUUGGAGCUAUCAAUAAUUGAUAACGAAAUAAUAACAUUCCUCUGGUGAUAUACAUGAAACCUACAAUUUCGAAUUUCUUUAUAAAUCAAUUUAAAUGAACGAAUAUUCAUGUACUGAUUCAAAAGUUCAUGAUACCCCUGUGCUAAUUCAAUUAUCAUGCAUAUUAAGUUAUGUUAAUUGUAAGACUCAUCCUAUCACUGAAUUGUUUUCAACGUAUAAUUAAAAAGUGCGUUCAUUGUUUUUUAGAAUUGUGAUACAAGUUAACAGUAUUUUAUUUUUGUCAUCAAUUGUAUCAAUUAAUUCACUGAUAUUCAACAAAAAAAAAUGGUUCAAUUUUUACAUUUGAUAGAAUUUAAAUCAUAGUGAUUAUCAAAAGACAGGGUUUAACUCUUAAAAGAAAUUUAUUCUGAUAACAACAGAAUAUUUGUGGAAGUGUUAAUAAUAACAUUUUUAUAAUGUAUGUAUAGAUUAAAAUUAAGAAUUUAUAACGAUCAAGAAUUAUAGAGCUAGUUAGCAUUUAAUAUUACGUUAAUAUAUGAAAAUAUACCGACUCGAUAAAAAACAAAAUCAAUCAUUGAAAAUAUUAGUAAUUGUUGAAAAGACAAAAGUACAAAUAAUAAAUUGGCUAUUUUUCGAAUGGAAAUUUAUCCAAACGUUUUAAAUUGAAUGAAAUAUGAAACUAAACUUUUUAAAAAUUGAUAGAAAUCAUCUUUAAUUCGUACAAAGCUCUAAUAAACGUACAGGGUUAUUUAUAAAUAUUUUUAUAAAUUAUUUAUUUUGUAUUUGUAUUUGUACAAAUAUAAAAAUCAAGUUACUUAGUAUGAAUAGUUUUUUGGCAUUUUAUUGAUCCAAGUGUCAUUUAACAUAUCAUAUGGUUGCUCAGCACUUGAAAUGUUGUUAUUUCAAGCUAAUUCACAAGCCAAUAAAUAUUUGGCAAAUGCAGAAAGCUCUACUAUGGAUACUCUUUGCAAUACAAGUCUGGCGACUCGGGAUUGUUAAUUAGACCCUCAAUAUAGAGUAUUUUGAUACAGCUAUCUUGAGAUUUAUUUAGUUAUAUUUUUAAUAUUAUAUUAUUAAUUAUGUUAAUUUGAUAUUUGUUUUAUAUGCAUGUCUGCUUCUUAUGUCUUUAGAGAAAUAAUUUUUAGAGCUUAGAAACAUGGAGAUUUAUUCAAACUUUAUGUUUUGGUUUUCAGAUAUGUGAUGAUGUCUCUAUAGACUAAAAAAUGAAUUUUACCAAAUAUAAGACUUAACGAAACUUAAAUCUCAGUAGUUCAAGUUUUUCAUGAAAUUCGUAGAAAAUCAAUACUGACCCUCAUCCCAUUAUUUACGGAAUUAU